AUGUGGUCCCCUCACUGCCUGGCUUCUCUCUCUCAAAGGUCCCUUCUGAUUCUCUUUGUGGAAAUUGACUACUGGGAGCGACUGCUGUUUGAGACGCCCCAUUACGUGGUGAACGUAGCUGAGCGAGCCGAGGACCUGCGCAUUCUGCGUGAAAAUCUGCUACUUGUUGCUAGAGACUACAAUAGGAUUAUUGGCAUGCUGUCCCCAGAUGAGCAGGCCCUAUUCAAAGAGCGUAUUCGGUUCCUGGAUAAGAAGAUCCACCCGGGACUCAAGAAACUGCACUGGGCCUUGAAGGGGGCCAGUGCCUUCUUCAUCACGGAGUGCCGUAUACAUGCCAGCAAGGUGCAGAUGAUUGUGAAUGAGUUCAAGGCAUCCACUCUGACCAUUGGCUGGCGAGCCCAAGAGAUGUCAGAGACGCUGCUGGUACGCAUUAGUGGCAAACGGGUAUACAGGGACCUGGAAUUUGAAGAGGACCAAAGAGAGCAUCGGGCAGCUGUACAGCAGAAAUUGAUGAACCUGCACCAGGAUGUGGUGACCAUCAUGAUCAACUCCUAUGAGGUCUUCAAGAAUGAUGGUCCUGAGAUUCAGCAGCAGUGGAUGCUGUACAUGAUUCGGCUGGACCGCAUGGUGGAGGAUGCCCUGCGCCUGAAUGUGAAGUGGUCACUGCUAGAACUAUCCAAGGCUAUCAACGGGGAUGGAAAGACCAGCCCAAACCCACUCUUCCAAGUCUUUGUCAUUUUGAAGAAUGAUAUGCAAGGAAGUGUGGCACAGGUGGAAUUCUCACCCACUCUGCAGACUUUGGCAGCUGUGGUCAAUGACAUUGGCAACCACCUCUUUUCCACCAUCUCUGUCUUCCGCCACCUCCCUGACAUUCUCACCAAGCGCAAGUUACAUCGUGAACCCAUCCAAACAGUUGUGGAGCAAGAUGAGGACAUCAAGAAGAUCCAGACCCAAAUCAGCAGCGGCAUGACUAACAACGCAAGCCUGCUGCAGAACUACCUCAAGACCUGGGACAUGUACCGGGAGAUCUGGGAAAUCAACAAGGACUCUUUCAUUCGUCGCUACCAGCGCCUCAACCCGCCUGUCUCUUCUUUUGAUGCUGACAUUGCCCGCUACACGGAAGUUGCUAAUAACGUGCAGAAGGAGGAGACGGUCACCAACAUCCAAUUUGUGCUGCUGGACUGUUCGCACCUGAAGUUCUCCCUGGUGCAGCACUGCAAUGAAUGGCAGAACAAGUUCACGACUCUGCUCAGGGAGAUGGCUGCUGGGCGCCUCCUGGAGCUGCACACCUACCUGAAGGAGAAUGCAGAGAAAAUCAGCCGCCCUCCGCAGACGCUGGAGGAACUGGGGGUCAGCUUGCAGCUCAUGGAUGCCCUGCAGCAUGACUUGGCCAACGUGGAGACUCAGAUCCCUCCCGUACACGAGCAAUUUGCCAUUCUUGAAAAGUACGAGGUGCCAGUCGAGGACAGUGUCCGGGAGAUGCUGGACAGUCUCAACGGGGAAUGGGUUGUCUUCCAACAAACUCUGCUGGACAGUGAGCAAAUGCUGAAGAAACACAAGGAGAAAUUCAAGACAGGCCUGAUCCACUCGGCAGAUGAGUUCAAGAAGAAAGCACAUACGCUUCUGGAAGAUUUCGAAUUCAAAGGCCCUUUCACCAGCAACGUGGGAUACAUGUCUGCCUUAGACCAGAUCACACAAGUGCGGGCCAUGCUGAUGGCCAUGCGGGAAGAGGAAAAUAGUCUCCGAGCCAACCUGGGCAUCUUCAAGAUGGAGCAGCCACCCUCCAAGGACCUUCAGAACCUGGAGAAGGAGCUCGAUGCCCUCCAGCAAAUCUGGGAGAUCACACGAGACUGGGAGGAGAACUGGAAUGAGUGGAAGACUGGCCGGUUCCUGACCCUGCAGACGGAAACCAUGGAGACCAUGGCCCACGGGCUGUUUCGUCGCCUCACAAGAUUAGCCAAAGAGUAUAAGGACCGAAACUGGGAAAUUAUUAAAACUACUCGCUCAAAAAUAGAGCAGUUCAAGAGGACCAUGCCUCUCAUCUCAGACCUGCGGAACCCUGCCCUUAGAGAGAGGCACUGGGACCAGGUCCGGGAUGAGAUCCAGCGGGAGUUUGAUCAGGAAUCUGAAAGCUUCACCUUGGAGCAGAUUGUGGAGCUUGGGAUGGAUCAGCAUGUGGAGAAAAUUGGAGAGAUCUCUGCUUCAGCAGCUAAAGAGCUGGCUAUAGAAGUGUCUUUACAAAACAUUGCCAAGACCUGGGAUGUGAUUCAGCUCGACAUAGUACCCUACAAGGAUAAAGGCCAUCAUCGGCUCAGGUCGGGGGAGCUGGGGCUCUAGGAGAAGGGAGGGCUGUGUGACCCAGGCUGCAGAGUGGGGCCAAGGUUGGGCAGGUGGGGAUGAACUGUGAU